AUGGAUGUGGGCACCAAAGAGGCUCUGAUGGAGAGAGCCCUGCCACCACCGGACUACUCUGUCACCCCUCAAGGCCAGUUUAAACUACCCUGCAAGCGGCUGCUCAUCAUCGUGGUGGUCGUGGUUUUGGUGGUGGUUGUGGUGCUAGGGGCCCUGCUCAUGGGGCUGCAUAUGAGUCAGAAGCACACAGAGAUGGUCCUGGAGAUGAGCAUUGGGGGGCCAGAUGCCCAAAAGCGCCUGGCCCUCAGCAGGCAAGAGGGAACUGUCUCUACCUUCUCCGUUGGCUCCUCUGGCACUGUGGUGUAUGAUUACUAUCGGCUCUUAAUUGCGUAUAAGCCUGCCCUGGGUGCCACCUGUUAUAUCACUCAAAUGACUCCAGAGGAUAUCCCCAGCCUAGAUGUCAUCACCCGAAAAUUUCAGAGUCACCUGGUGAGUGGUGCUAAACCCUCUUUGCCCGCUGCUAAACAGGAUCAGGAGGAGGACUCUCAUGCCAGCUCAGAGUCCCAGGUGGACCCAGCCUUCCUGGGCACUACUAUGAAUGUCCUUUGUGGCGAGGUUCCUCUGUACUACAUUUAG